AUGGAUCUUGAUAAUCACUCUCAUUGUCUUUUUCUUGCUCAUCCUUUUCACCAUUCUUUACCUCUGCAUCUUCUUCUACCGUCGCAAAAAUCCUACAAGCCUCAUUUUUUCAUUCCAAAAAAUUCCAUUUGCCCAAAGAAUUUUCAGAACCACCGUUUUAGCACUUCAUCGCUGGACAGGAGGCUUUUGUCGGCCUCCAACAGCAUUUCAGAGAUUGAGAUGAAUCUUUCAAAGGCUGAGUUUCAGAUAAUGUUAACUGAUCCUUGCUCUAUCAACUCAACUCUCGCUGCUGACCACGAGUCGACUGGAGGUCUCUCGGAGAGGCAUUACGGUAACCGGUGUUCUCUCAAGGAGAUUGCCCUGGUUACAAAUGAUUUUGCUGAGGAGAAUAUGAUUGCAAAUGGCGACAAUGGGAUGGUUUAUCGGGCUGUUUUGCUGGAUAAUAAGAGAGUUGCAGUGAAGAGGCUAAUGAGUAACAGUAUAAGCAAAACUGAGGACUUCAUCAAAGAAGUAGAGGCAAUUGGGCAGGCAAGGCACAAGAAUCUGGUGAAGCUGCUGGGUUACUGUGUUGAAGGGUAUAACAGGAUAAUUGUUUAUGAAUACAUAGACAAUGGCAAUCUUUAUCAGUGGCUUCAUGGAAGUCUAGGAGAAUUGAGGCCUCUAACAUGGAAAAUUCGGAUGAAUAUUAUUGAAGGAGUUGCAAAAGCCUUGAGCUACCUUCAUGAGGACAUUGAACCCAAAAUAGUUCAUCAAAAUCUGAAGUCUUGUAACAUUCUGAUUGAUCACCAAUGGAAUCCUAAGAUCUCUGAUGUUGGAAUUGCCAAUCUUCAUGGUCCAGAAUGGAAAUCUGCUGGCAGUAUUUUGGACGAAAAGAGCGAUGUGUAUAGCUUCGGAGUACUUAUCAUGGAGAUUGUAUCAGGAAGAGUGCCUGUAGAUCACACUCAACCCCAGGCUCAUUUGGUCGACUGGUUAAAGUCCAUGGUUGCAAAGCAGAAAAUUUCAUUUGUUGUGGAUCCUGAAUUGCCAGAAACGCCUUCCACAAAAGAACUAAAACGGGUCAUUUUGAUCGCCCUGCGAUGUGUCGAUCCUGAAGUAAAGCACAGGCCGAAGAUGGGAGACGUAGUUCACAUGCUUGAGCCUCGCGACUUGCUUCUUAACGUUGGGCCUCAGAUUAAGAAAGCGGCUUCUUAUCAUAACUACCCACAAGGGAGUCAGCCUGUUAUCAAGAUGGGCAAAGAAGAUCCAAGCACAAAUGAAGGUGAAAAUAGCAGUAAUCUCUAUCAAAUUUGAGCUCAAAAUUUGGUCAUAAAAUUCUGGAAGAAGUUAAAUUUUGAGACUAUUUUCAACACCA